AUGGCUGUUUCAUUUGCAUCCAUAGUGCCUGUGAGGUCUAUUAGCCUACCAUCUAGGCUAAACCCUAAAUCCCAAAAAAUUGAGUCAGAUUUAAACAAGUUAAAGACUUUGAAAUUUUCAAGUUCUCUAGUGAGCGAGGAUCUUCUGGUGGGCUUGUCUCGUAUAGCAGAGUUGUACACUUGCAUUGAGGAACUUGUUCUCUCUCCACUGACCCAACAAGCACUUCUCAAUCAGAAGUGCAAAGCACUUGUGGAAGAAGCACUUGACGGGUCAGUUGGGUUGCUAGACUCAUGUGCUAGUGCAAGAGACAUUCUCUUGACAAUGAAGGAACAUGUUCAGAACAUCCAAUCAGCCUUGCGUAGGAGGACCGGAGCUUCAAGCAUUGAAACCAGCGUUCAUUCCUACAUUUGCUUCCGAAAAAAGGCGAGGAAGAACUCUGCAAAGAGCCUCAGAGAUUUGAAGAAAAUGGAAACAAAUCUUGGGUCAUUCCAUCUGUUGGAUUGCGACUACAAUUUACAAAUAGUGCUUAAAUUGUUAAGAGAAUUAAGUGAUGUAACAAUUUCCUCAUUUCAAUCACUGUUCAUGUUUCUAUCCAUGCCUGCAACCAGCGCAAAGGGUAGCAAAUGGUCAUUGGUGCCGAAACUAAAGGCAGCAAAAUUCGCAGCCGCACAAAAAGACCAAAAGGUUUACAAUGAAGUGGGAAGUGUUGAUGUUGCGCUUUGCUCACUACGUGGAAAUACCAGAAAGAGUGAUCCCAAGACUGAUGUGCAGGUGGUUCAGUGGAGACUAGACACACUUGAUUGCAGCAUAUCUGGCCUUGAGGCUGGAUUGGAAAGACUCUUCAGAUGCCUAUUGCAACAUAGAGUGUCUCUACUUAAUGUCCUUACACCUUGA